AUGGAUAACGUCGACACACUCUCCUUUGUCUUGCUUCAGAGUCUCGAUGAAGACGCAAGUGCCCUCGUAUCUCACUCACCCGCCACGACACUGAUCCGUCCGCAGGCUACUUGUGCAUACGCCACAGACUCAAUCCUUGACCUCCUGGGCUGGGACCCGAAGGCCGAGAUCGUUGGCAGGUCUUUCUACGACCUCGUGCACCCGGACGAAGUACUGGCCGCCAAAAAUCUACACUAUGAGCACAUCCGUGAUGACAUGGCUGCCACUUUGACGUAUUUGAGACUCCGUCACAAGACUAACAAUGACUAUGUUCUCUGUGCCCUUUCUCGAAGCGUCGCAUAUAACUGCAUCGUUGCCACAAUCGCCCGUGCAGACGACGAUCCGGGAGGAGCAAGGGCCGCGAUGGCUAAAGGAGGCAGAUUUGUGCUCACACCCGGAAUAAACACCGCCGUCCCGCCUCCCAAUUGGAAUCGCAAUAUCCCGGCAUCCGCCCAAACAUUCAGGGGCUCCCCAAGCGAAUACUCUGUGCCGAUUGGAAGCCUACCUCGACCAUCAAUGCGGGUUUGCAUAUUGCUGGACCGCUUCAGGAGCGAAGCCUUCAUGCUCCACGCCAGCAAUGACAUGAUCAUUCCCCCAGGUUCGGUGUUGAACCACAAUCUCCUCAACUUUAUCCCAGCGGAGGCGGACAGAAUUGCUCUCCUCCGAGCCAUUCACGUGGUGAAGAAUUGGAGCACCCAUUCGGAGAACACGGCGGACGGGAUCCACGGGACCUGUCGAUUCACCAUCAAUACGCCUUCCUAUCCCAACAAACUCGUGGAUGGCAUCCUCUCUGCAACGUCCGACGCAGUCUUGCUCGUCUUGAUUCCCUCUGCUUGA